AUGUCAGGCUCGGCUCCUUCAGCUAGUGGAUCGACUCCAAGUGUGGAGGGAGGAUAUACCAGCAAGUGGGCUUCCUUCACUGCAAGACUGCAGCAGAAAGCGCAGGAGGAUCCGACCAGCGACGUCGAGAACGACUCUGUCGACACACUCACAUCCGACCAGUGUGCGAUUCAUAUGCGCGCUGUCUGGGGCAAGUCCUUGGACGCGAGUAUGGAGCGACAGAACCCGAAAGGACAACUAGGCAACACUCUGGCGCGGACUGCGACACUGCGGGUAAGAGAGGCAAGGUUCACUGAAUCUUCCCCGCUGCAGUUUCUCGUAGUCGGCCCGCAGAGCAAGUGGCAAUUAUUUUGGGCUUUCAUGGCUAGCGCCUUCAUCCUCUGGGACUUGAUCACGAUCCCUUUGGAGAUGUUUAAUGUGCAGGAGCUUAUCAACGUCCUGGAUGUGGUCGGAUAUGUUACUUUCUCCUUCUGGGUCCUCGACAUCCCCUUGCAUUUCAUCUUCGGAGUCCAACUGGAUGGUGCGAUCGAACUUCGGCCCUCUGUGCUGGCUAGGCUUUACAUGCGCUCCUGGCUGCUAGCGGAUGUGUUCAUCGUUGCUAUCGACGCGGUGAUUAUCACGCUGGAAACUAUCGACCUCCCCGAGGCAGUCUUGUAG